AUGGGCAAGCUCGACGUCGAGGAGUACGGCACGUAUGAUUCCAUGGUGGCGACGCUGCUCGAGCACAAGUUCCUACCGGAGAAGGAGGUGCUGCAGCUGUGCGAGCGCGCGCGCAGUCUGAUCAGCGAGGAGUCCAACGUGCACAGCGUGAGGGCGCCCGUGACGGUCGUCGGCGACAUCCACGGACAGUUUCACGACCUGCUGGAGAUGUUCAAGCUCGGCGGAUACGCGCCGGACACAAACUACCUCUUCCUGGGCGACUACGUAGACCGAGGUUAUUAUUCGGUCGAGACGGUCACGCUAGUGGUGGCGCUCAAGGUUCGCUACCCCGAUCGCGUCACCAUCAUCCGCGGCAACCACGAGUCGCGGCAGAUCACGCAGGUGUACGGCUUCUACGACGAGUGCAUGAGGAAGUACGGUCACGCAGGGAUCUGGAAGGCGUUCACCGACCUAUUCGAUUACAUGCCCCUCACCGCGGUCAUCGAGAAUCAGAUCUUCUGUCCGCAUGGGGGUCUGAGCCCGUCCAUCGACUCGCUGGAGGAUGUCCGCAAGAUCGACAGGUUCCAGGAGGUGCCGCACGAGGGGCCGGUGUGCGACCUGGUGUGGUCGGACCCCGACGACAGGACGGGGUGGGGGAUGUCGCCGCGCGGUGCGGGCUACACGUUCGGACAGGACAUCACCGAGCAGUUCAACCACGCGAACGGUCUAAAGAUGAUCGCGCGGGCGCACCAGCUGGUGAUGGAGGGAUACCUCCCGACGCACGAUAACGGCCUCGUGACCAUCUUCUCCGCGCCCAACUAUUGCUACAGGUGCGGCAACCAGGCGGCGAUCAUGGAAGUGAGCGAGACCAUGGACACGGAAUUUCUGCAGUUCGACCCGGCGCCGAGGCGCGGGGAGGAGCAGAGCGCGGCGAAGAGGUGCCCGGAUUAUUUCCUCUAA